AGGAGGAAAACUUGGAUGAUUCUCUGGGUGUAAAUUGUUGUGUGUCGCGAUGGGAGAAAUAAAAGUGGGACGUGAUGAACAAUAGAGCUGGCUGUUUCUGGGAGGCGCCAGCAUUCCCGAGCAACUUUCGCACUCUUGUUGUGCAUACCGAUAGUCCUCCAAUCACACAGCCCUUCCAGCUCACACCAGGCAGCUGCUUUUGUGUCAUAUGAGAGUUUAAGCCGAGAUCACCGAAGAGGGAGAAUCAAACUGCCGGCUUGGGGUUGUCAAAUGAUUUGCAUACGGACUUCCGCCCCCUGAAUGUAGUUUCUGCAUCAACUAGCAAAGGCAGCGGGCAGACCUGAGCCCUCAAGUCAGGCGCAGUCAUGCGGACUUGACAUUUAAACUCGGUUAAUAUUUGGACAUGAACGGCACACGCGUGUAUUUCGGAUGGUCCCGAUGGAUUUGGAUUAAACGGCGCACUGGGAUCUGACACUUUCUUUCCCAGAGGUGUUUACUAUGCUGGAUUUUUGCCGGCUCUUGUGGAUGUACCGUGACUAUUUGCUGUCACUUCCAGUGUAGAACUGGAAUAUUGCAUUGGACUCAUUGGGGUGUUUUAAAGCAGAAAAAUGCGUGUUUUCAUCUCCUCUCAAACGGGGAUUCCUCGUCAGUUUGCACUUGUCUGUUUGGAUCCUAAAGUAGGAUACAGCCAGAUCCUCCAACCCAGUCGAGGAUCUGAUGUCUGUAUGCUCUGAUGUCUAUUUCAAUGUGUCAUAUUAGAAGAGUUGACCAUCUCUUCUGGAUGGAGUUUUCCCUCGCGAUCUUCUUUUGACGUCUAGGACAGCGUGGAUCAUUUUUAGAUCGUCUUUUAGCUUGGAUUACUUCUUUUUUUUGGCUGCGUUUUUACAGGUUGGAUCUUCUCGUUUAUUUCGGGUAUCUAAACUCGGUGCUUACUGUUGAAAUCACACGUUUCAUUCUUUUGAUUCGUUUUGCCUAACCACUGGGUUAAAAUACUGUGUGAUCUCUUGUUGAUUUAUUUAUUGCUCGUUGAAAGCUUUUGCACACCAUGACUUUCUUGUCCGGGGCAGCGGUUCUGUUGCUGCGUGGACUCGUCAUCUCUGCGGUAUUGAGCUUAGAGAGUUCAUACACGAGUCAUUUGUCGAACCGAGUCACUCCUGAUCCAGAAGCAGCUGUUGCUCCUGCAGACCCGUGUUUGACAAUCAUCCCUCCAUGUAUGAAUGAAGCCGACCGCUUCAGUUUAGAGGCACUUCGGCACAUUCACAAGCAGCUAGAUGACGACAACGAUGGAGGAAUUGAAGUGAAUGAGAGUGUAGAGUUUAUCAUAGAGGACAUGAAGCAGCACCAGACCAAUAAACACAGUAAUCUUCACCGAGAGGACCAGCACAUCACAGUGGAGGAGCUGUGGAGGGGCUGGAAAAUAUCAGAAGUGCACAACUGGACACUGGAGGAUGCAGUUCAGUGGCUGAAAGAGUCAGUGGAGCUUCCUCAGUAUGAAAAAAACUUCAGAGACUUUCAAGUAGAUGGCAACACGCUACCUCGAAUAGCGGCCAAUGAACCAUCAUUUAUGUCAAUGCAGCUAAAGAUAUUAGAUCAACGACAUAAACAGAAAUUAAAUCUAAAAGCGUUGGACGCAGUGCUCUUCGGACCUCCACUACGUCCUCACCAUCACUGGCUGAAGGACUUUGUUUUGAUGAUUUCAAUCAUCAUUGGUGUGGGCGGCUGCUGGUUUGCAUACAUACAGAACAAGUCGUCUAAAAUUCACGUCUCCAAGAUGAUGAAAGAUCUGGAGAGUCUACAGAAUGCUGAACAGAGCCUGAUAGAGCUACAGAGCCGGCUGGAAAAGGCUCAGGAGGAAAACCGGACGGUGGCGGUGGAGAAGCAGAACCUGGAGCAGAAGAUGCGUGACGAGAUCAGCGGAGCAAAGAGAGAAGCCAGCAGACUGCGAGAGCUGCGAGAGGGGGCUGAAUGUGAACUCAGCAGACUCAAGUAUGCAGAGGAGGAACUAGUCCAGGUGCGAAUGGCGCUGAAGAGAGCAGAGAAGGAGAUGCAGUCAGAUUGGUCGGUGCCAGAAGCCCUGCAGAUGUGGCUUCAGCUCACACAUGAGGUGGAAGUACAGUACUACAACAUUAAAAAACAGAAUGCUGAGCUGCAGCUCACGGUCGCAAAGGACGAAGCAGAAAAGAUCAAGAAGAAGAGGAGCUCUGUGUUUGGUACCCUCCAUGUUGCACACAGCUCAUCGCUGGAUGAAGUAGACCACAAAAUACUUGAGGCUAAAAAAGCCCUGUCAGAGGUCACAGCCUGUUUGCGUGAACGUCUUCACCGCUGGCAGCAAAUAGAGAAGAUAUGUGGCUUUCCAGUGGUUAAUAACUCUGGGCUGCCCAGCCUCACCGCCUCCCUGUACGCUGACCACAGCUGGGUGGUCAUGCCGCGGAUGUCAGUGCCACCCUACCCAAUCGCUGGCGGGGUGGACGAUCUUGAUGAGGACAUGCCACCAAUCAUUCCACAGUUCACCUCUCCUUUGAUUCGACCUCCUCUGACCCGCAACAGCAGUGUUUGUCGUUCUCGCAGAAGUCUUAUGUCUCAACCCUCGUGCCUUUCUCCUGACCCUGAUCUGCUGUCUAUGGCCUCGGCCCCACUGGCCUACAGACCCGACGGAGACGAUGAUCACAUCUUCUUUACUGUAGAAAGGAAGGGAGAUCCUCAGGACACAUGCUCAGAUUCAGAUUCUCUCAGUUCCUCUUUGGGCAGGAAGCAGUUCUCCGGUCCCUCUGUUCAAAGUACAGGUGUUACAGGCACGGAUACCCCACCACGUAAAAUCUCUCGUGAGGAACUUCUUCUCCUUGUGCAGGAGGCCCAGACUGUCACCAUGGAGACCUUACCUCCUUCCACAUCCUCCCCUUCAACUCCACUUGACUCCUCUUCAGUUCACAAGGGUUCUCCUGACCUUACCCACUCUUCCAUCCUCCCAGAAUCUCAAAGUUUAACCUUUCACCCUGGCACCAAAGCUAUGGCCUAUAAUGGCAUUCUGGAAAAGUCAUACAGCAUGGGGCAGCUCCCUGCUGGUGGGACGCCUCCAGAGGGUCACUACCCCUCCAUUAGCUCACUCGACAUAGAAAGCAAAUCUGUCAAGGAGCCCAAGCAACUCCAACCCACCUCCUCCCAGGACUCUUGCGAUAACGGAGAGAAAAAACGCUCCAAGAUCAAGAGCUUGUUCAAGAAAAGCAAAAAGCUGUGAGGAACAGUAGAGAAGAGGAAGAAAAUGGAGAGAAAAAGAAGCCUUAAAACAAAAUAAAUAAGGGUGAUGCUGUCAACCAGAAGCCAAAACGUUUUUCAGUUUCUUUGUGCUUUUUUUAAUUUAAAUGGAAUUAAGCUUCUUCUGGGUACAGUCCUGGAUUGGAAGCCUUUUUAUGGUGAUUUUUUUUAGCCUCACACAUAUGCCUUUAAAGGCCAGAAAAUGUCAUGUUAACAUUUUGCAGAACAUGGCCUCUUCACUGUCUUCUGUUAAGUCUCUGUUUUCUAUAGUGUGCACCCUAAUGAUGUCACCAGGAAGGGAUCAGGAAAUAUACCAAAACAGAAUAAACAGAACAGUCCAAAAUUAGCCAAAUCUCCAAAUUCUUAAAAAAAUAGACUUCCUGGAAAUAUAUCUUAAAGGGGGAAAGGGGGGUGGGGGAGGUGGAGGUGUUCACCCACAAGUGAAAAUUCUGUCAUCAUUUACUUUCCCUAACCUGUAUGCUGUAGUUUUUUCUUAUGUGGGACACAAAAUAAUUUUUUGAAGAACUGUUACAUAUUUCUUGCCAUACAACCAAGGUUCAUAGUGACCAAGGGCUGUCAAACACCAAAAAGCAACAUAAUAGUAGUUUAUACAACUUGUGUGCUAUUUUCCAAGUAUUCGAUCCACCUGCGCUUUGUUUUUAAGGUUGGCAUACAGUACGUACAUGAAUCAGAUGGAUGUUUGACUUGCACUUUUUAGUGUUUAAUCCUGUUCUGCACACACACAGUAGUUUACAAGAGUUACAACUGCAUUUUACAACCAAACUGAAUCCUGAAAAAUGCAGGUAGUGACAACCACAUCUACAACAGUUUUGACUCCUAAGUGUUGCCAGAUCUCGCUAAAAAACAAAAACAAAACAAACAACAACAACAAUAAAGCAAAUAAGAACAAGCCUAUAUUAAACUUGCAUCCAUACACAUUAUCUUGGAAUUAAGCCAUAUUCCAAAAUAUAGCGACUUGCACCUGCAUCUUUUAUUAACUUCAUAAACUGGAUCUUUUGUGAGCUGAGCCCAAACAAUAAGGCCAAAGUGGCUUAAUAAACUUCACUAUAAUAUGUGGACCUGGCAACCCUUUAAGAGCGUCUUCCAAACAGAUUUCCAGACUUCCAAACAUAAAUAAAACGCAUGGCUCUGUUGACGGUGGUUUAGUUAAAAUCACUGAAUAUAAUGGUCUUUGGUUGCUGUAAUAUUACUUUGGUCAGAAAUAGAGGAUACCAAAUGCGCAAGAUGACAAAACGUUGUUAUGGUUACCAUGAUGUCAGUAAAUGCAAUUUCAAGAGUGAGAUCUGUUCCGUACAAAUACGAAUCUGUAAUAUAGGGGAUUUGCUCCCGAAUUUAAAGGGAUAGUUCACCCAAAAAUGAAAAUUAUGUCAAUUACUCAUCUUUACUCAAACAUAGCAAGGACAUCUGUAAAAUAGUCCAUGUGACAUCAGGGGAUCAACCAUAAUUUUACAAAGCCACACAAAUACUUUUUGUGCACAAAGAAAACAAAAAUAACUUUAUUCAACAACUCUUCUCCUCCUCAUCUCAUCCGCUGUGGUGCACCGCCAUUAUGGAGAAAGUAUCACAACGUUUGCGCUUUGUUCCAUUGGCAUUGGCAAAAUCAAGCCAUAAGGCAUUAUGGUUUGUCAUUACAUAAAGAUUUGCCGACCAAAUGAAUUUAAAAAAGCAAGUCUGCUCUUCUUUUAGAUUACUGUAAUUAUAUUGCAAGGUUGUUUUCAUCAUGGCAGGCUUGACCAACAUUUCUUUCACACUCAGAUAUACACAUCACAAUAUUGAAGAAAAAAGGUCACUAUUUCCAUUACAGCUGUAAAAAAAAAAAUGGCACACUGCUUUUGGUUACCACACAGCCAAGACUUGGAACAUCACAUACAAGUCAUAGGAAGCUCUUUUAUGGGCUUUUUUUUUUUUUUUUUUUUUUUUUUUACAGCUCAUGGUCACCAUGAAAUGAGGUUUUAAUGGCAAGACCUAUAUAACAAUUCUUAAUAAAAAAUAAAUAAGAAAAGCAAACCUUUUGUGAUCCAUAGAAAAAUGAUUAGCAUUUAGGUUUGGAAUGACCCGAGGGUGAGUAAACAAUGAUAACAUUUUCCUUUUUUUCUACUCUUUUUCCUCACAUUUGAAGUCACAAGAGUUUGAACGGCAGCUGGUUGUUGUUUGAAGUAUCUCUGUCUUUGACAUCAUCACAAACUAAUAUUUAGUUAGUAAGGUUGAGUUUCCCUUUAGUGUGAAAAUCAUUAAAAGUCCUUUCCCUUCCUCUCAAGGGCCCAGGGUGAAAUCUGGGCUUUCAGUGUUGUCACUUCUGUUUACUGCCACAGAGCUCUUGUACUUGACAUUAUUUUUUUAAGGAAGAAGAAAAAAAGAAAGAAAAGGAGUAACACUUAACAUAAAGCAGCAUGUCAGAAUGCCUUCAUAGUGGAAUAAUGAACACAAUGUAAUGGCUCAGUAAAUUAAUACAGAUUACUCUUUUCAGUCUUAAAAUGUGCUAAAUAAUUCCGUAAGAACUAUAUUUCAAUUAAACACGAUUUUACAGUACUAAUGAUGCCAGCAUAUUGUUUUGGUGCAUUCAUUUAAAAAAUAAAAUAAAAAUAAAAACAAACAAACAAAAAACUAAAUCUAAAAAAUAAAAUAAAAAUAAAACACACACACAAACACAAUAAAAAACAAAACAAAACCCAAGCUGUGUAAAAUUCACAGCGGGCCUUUUGAAGUGUUUUGAAGACAUGUUCAGGUGUGGCGUUUAUAAGGCAUCUUGACUAACUGCUGUGUGGAAAGCGCUACUGAAUUAUCCUGCUAAAGGUUGUUGCACUACUGCUUUCCGUACCAGGAAAGAGUUGCUUUUGGUGGCAUAAGAGUAAGUUAUGUUAGUUAGAUCAAGGAGAAUAUUUGUAAGGAUGUGUUAAAAAGCAGAAAAUUGACAUCAGAGGCAAAAAUAAUAAUAAUAAUAAUAAUAAUUUGAUGGAUUUAGAAUGCCUCUUACAACAUUUAUUCUCUGAAAUAUUUUUAUUUUAUUUUUUUUCAUCAUGAAUAUGUUUAUUAGGAAUUAUUCAAUUGUAGAAA